AUGGAGAUUUUGCCAAAACGUAGAUAUCGUUUAAUUAUGGAUUUCAAGGCGAACUUUCCGGAGAAACUGUAUGAUGUUUGCAAUGAUGGUGCACUGGUCCACUGGAAUCCGAAUGGAUCUCUUUCCGUAGACGACGAGGAUGAAUUUGAAGCUAAAGUCAUGAUUUGGUAUCCUGGGUUUCUACAGAUUCCGUCAUUCCUGAAUUUCAAGCGGCUGUUCCGUGAGUACGGGUUUGAACGGGAUAUUAACCAAAACGGUAUCAUUGAGUGGUCACAUCCUUGGUUCGUGCGUGGAAGGCGGGAAAUGGUCAACAAUAUCAAAACAAGGCGUAAGUCCUUCCAGUGCCCGACGCCCAAUCAAGAAAACGAGGGAUUAUUCGGACCAGCAGUAGUUAUACCCACGGAGGGAAAGAGGAGGUACUCUACACGUAGAAGAAGAAAAACACCAAAGAUGGGUCACUCAAACGAGUCUCUGAUUUCGUACGGGGCUCCAGAUUUUGGCGGCGGUGGCGAUACACGUGCGAUGUUGUCGUCAGAGGGAAAAUCUUUCGUAGUGAAGCCACCACAAGCUAUAUACAUCGAGGAUGGCACGCCUGUGAAAAACCAACGCAUGAUGAUGCCACACCAGCACGUCGGCGACCAGCUGGUCAACGUGAAUCAGAACGCCAAAGUUGAGCGCGACAUCCGCGGUAUAAUGAAUAACUUCGCCAAGAAUGAGUUCACGUUGGAGGAAUAUAAUGAGUAUAUCACAAAGAAGCGCAGACUGGAAGAACAGAUGAAGACGGACAAAGAUGACACCACUGAUGCCAAAGAUAAGCAGUUUUGGUGGUUAUAUGAAAACAAGGCCGAUGGAAAUGUUCCCAACCAAGAUGCCGCUCCCAUAGUAAAGCAGCUCGUAUCCGGCCAUAAUGGCUCCAACCAGGGUGCCAUGCCGUGUGGGUUCUGUAAGUGCUGCAGUGCCAUCAGUAACUAUGUUAAUGUUUUCGGGGAGAUCCCUGAAAACAUUCAGGUGAUUGAUUACCUGGAAGAUGAGGUCAUUCCAAAUCAGGAGGUCACCGUGUCCACGGACCCAGCAACGCAUGACGUCGAAGUGGAAGUGCCCGCAAACAUCGACUUAAAUAACAAUGGUUAUAAUAUUGACCAUACUCUGAUAAAAGAAAGCCAAGCUACCACUGAGGUGAGAUAA